UGCAAACCUGGCAACUUUGACUAUGCGCUGGAUACAGCAGACAGUAUGGCGGACAACGAGAGUGAUUUGGAAACAGACGGGCUUGAAUUAGCUCUGGACACGUUGUGUAUCAGACACUGCAGCGAUGAGUCGUCUCUGAACAGCAAAGACUACUGCUCUGAGUUUUGUGAGUUGGUUGAGGAGUACACAGGGCAAUGGCAAGUUCCUCUUCCUCAGCUGAAGGUGCUGCGAACUGCACUCUGCAAUUUUACCAAAGCCACUACUGCCUUCCCUGAUGACUGUCAGCAUAUCCACUACGUCCUCAGCAGCCUGGCCUUGAGCUUCUUUGAACUGAUGCUGUUUUUCAGCAAGGAGGAAUUUGUGGAAGAGCCUUUAAAAGACAUCCUUGACUCUUUUCAGGGGUGUCACUCUCAACUCCUGCGGCACAGGAACAUCUACCUUCAGCAUGUGAAGCAGAUAAUGAAAGUAGGAGGCCCUUGGGAAAAUCCAGUGCUGCAAGGAAUCCUAAAGGAAGCGGAUUUGCCAGCAAAUGAGGUGGAGGACUUCUUGAGCUCUGAAUUACCGGUGUUCUUGGAGCUGCGGGUUCGAUAUCUGCAAGCCUGUGAACGAAUGCAGGAGGCCAUGGCUUUGGCUAAAAGCUGUCUGGAAAAUCGUGAAGCUGGAAAGCAUCUGUACUUCCAUCAGGCCUACCUGACCUGCCUCUACAAGACCUCACUGCACGAAAACCUUCACAAGGAGAUGGCAGAGAUAGAUGGCCGUGAUGCUGUGGAGAUAAUCUGCAACACAGAAAGUGUUGAAAAAGAUGAGCUUUUGUUGUCGCUGUGUAAAGCUUUCCUCACCCAACAACUUCACAAUGGGGACAUGUACUACAUCUGGGACUUGGUGUUCAUCUGGAGCAGGUUGUACCUACGGGCUCAUCCCUCCAGACAAGGCUUCCUGACUGAGUGCUUGCAGCUUGCCUCCUCUGCUACUAAUGCCAGAGCCAUCUUCCCCUUCAUCAAACUGGUCACUACAGAGCUGGGUGGUGAAGGAGUCCAAGUCUGUGUGGAGCUGUGUGCCAGGGCCUUACAGCUGUGUGACAUGCAGGCAGACACUGUAACCCGGUCACUGGUCUGCAAGACCAUCGCGUUCCUUCUGCCUCAUGACCUGGAGAUCUGUCGAGCAUGUGCCCUGCUAGUCUUUUGUCAGGAACGAAGCCUGGAGGCAUAUCGAACUGUCUGCCUGCUUUACACGCAUCCUGACCAGGAGCCACAUCCCCACAACAGCCCUGUCCGCACCAGUGUUCGCUUCCAUAUUCUGCAGAGGCUCAAGGAGCGCCUGUGUUUUGAUCCUGAAUUUUGGAACCUCCUGACUCUCAGGACUCAUUGUUUGGAGCUGAUGAGUGACAAGGUGAUGAAAGCUGCUGUUCUCAGUGAGAUGGAGGAGGAAGAGGAAAAAGAAUUCAAAGAAGAGCUGCUAACAAAUAAUUGUAUAAAUGACUCAUGCACUCAAGGUUUCAAUUCAUGCCACUGCACUGCAGCUGCAUUUGGGAACCAAAACCUCCCAGACGAGCAAACUGUAGAUGAAAGGGCAAGAAAGUAUGUUGCUCCAUCAAAUAAUGCUCCUCUGAGGAGGAGGAAAUUGAGGAGAAGGCUGCGAAGGAGGAAACGAUCUAUAUCUGAUGAUGAGUUAGACGUCUGUGAUGAUCCGGAGAUCAGCUACGAUCUGGAAUCCACCUCUUGGAGUAAUAAGCCUGUGUACUCACUAAGACGCAAUCACACUAACAUGGAGACCGCUCAUUCUGUAAAGCUCCCUCUAAACCGCAAAAGAGAAUACUUGUCUAGAUGUGUUAAGAGCCAAGUUUUGAAAAGGAAAGGCCGCAAGAAAAGAUGGCUACAAGGUCUUCCAAGACUGGACCCGGUACAGACUGUCAAAGAGAAAAAGGUCAAAGGUAGAGGGAGGAAACGGGGUCGGAAGCCUUUACCAAAACUGGAGCUGUCUUACCCCGAUAAUGAAAUACCCCUUACUGAGGAGGAGUCUGGUUUUGAGGAGAACACUGACACAGAGGACAACGAGCUGGAUAUGCCUCACCUGGAGAGGGAAAUUAAAAUCCAGAGUGAACAGAAAGAGAUUCAGCUUGAACAGCUGAAUGACCCUGAGAGGGAAAAUGGAGAAUACACUGACAUCGUCUGUGGUAGCAGUCUCAGUGAACAAACCCAAGAGGAUUCUCAGACACACUUAUCGUCCAAGCUGUGUGACGGUCCUCUUGGUGAGCUUCAAGCUGCUGUGGAAGCUAAUCCUGGGCUUGAUGGUCCUCUUUUAGAAUUCAUGGAUUGUCCAGUCGAACUGUUACACAGUUACUCCCUCAAAUCCAAAAAACUUGACUGUGACAAACCUUCAGAAUCUCCAGCAUCUGAGGAGCUUAAUGGCAGCAUAGAACAGGAGCCCCAGCCAGUGUUGGAAGCCAAAGUCUCAAACACCACGGUGAAGAAAACAUGGAAGGACCGAGUACUUCGCACUCAACAGUAUGCCCAUUUGAUGUACCACUGCAACGUCUGCCACAAAGACUACAAGGGGUUGAAUGUUAUGAGGCAUGCUCUCUCACACCUUAAGAGCAGAAAACUAAGAUGCAUACUCUGUGGAAAACGCUUUAAACAGCUCCCUUUUGCCAAAAAACAUGUUCUGGAUCACAUUGACGCAAUGUGUAAGCAGAAACCUCAUGAUAAGGAGCAAUGCAGUGAGGUCACUACAGCCGCUAAUGGAAUAAUAGAUAAAGUGGAAAAUGAGUGUCAGCCUCAGGAUGAAAAUCAGAGUUCUAUUUCUGAUAACGAAACUCCUGAACAGAAACCUGGAAGCAAAAUAAAAGUGUCAAGCCUCAAGAGGGAAGAACGAAUCAUCAGGAACCUCCGUACGCUCAUCAAAAAGACAUCUGUGCUUCACAAAAAAUGCAAGAAUCCUGACAUGAAUAUAUUCAAGCAGGUAGACUUCAAGGAUGAGCAGGUAGUCAUCAAAGAUGGUCUGGUGAUUGUAAGAGAUCCAUCUGUGAUGGAGAAGGAGGGAGAAGAAGCGGGAAAAGAGAUGUCUGCGGGAGAAAAUGGCUAUGGUCUGGACAUCACGUACCACCUGUGCCCAUCAGAGUCCUGUGAUAGAGUAUUCUUGAGGAUCAGCACCACACUGACAAAACACGCCAUCAAAUGCCAUAUUGAUGACGAGAAGGUGCUGGAGAAGACUUAUGUUUGGGCCAAGCACAAGUGCUCCCUCUGCUUCAGGCAGACCCAGUUUCUUCAACACUAUAAGGACCACAUGAAGCUUCACAACACUCCUCUCCCGCACUUCUGCUACCAUCUGGAGUGUAACCAGCGCUUCUUGACACAGCAGGAAUUAAAAGACCACAUUAGUACCCACCAGCCCUUCCGACCUCAGUGUCCAUUCACAGAUUGUGAGAAGCUUUUCUCGAGUCUUCAGGGCCUCUAUGACCAUGAAUGGAGACACUACACCCCAGCUCCUCAGAAAGAGGAGCUAGAGUUGGGACCAAACAGACAGAUACAGCAAAGUGCUGAAGCUCCUUGGAAGCAAAGAGUAAAGGUGGAGGAGAUAUGGCUGCAGAAUAAAAAGGGGCAAAGGGACAGUCCCACUCCUGGUGUUGAGGCCUCGAAUGCUCAGGAUCUCUGGGAAAAGAGCAAAGCUGAAGGUCAGGUGUGUGAAGCUCCAGACAGUAGUCAGAAUCCGUCUAAAUCUGAUAAUUGUUCCAGUAAUCAUGAAAGCAAACCCGCUGUCAACGGAUAUGAGGAUGCGACAAGAAAUCCGUCAGAGCAGUUGAUGUCUACUUCCCAUACAACCACUGCUGCAGCAACCACUCCCAGUAAGAGGUGUCGGAAAAAAGCACCCAUGGAGUGGGACCCUAUAAAUGUGCGAGAUGUUGAGGAUAUGUCCACUAUGGCUGAGGGGGUCCAGCAGAACAUGGGAGAGCCUCACAUCACCGAGCACAAAACCUUCAAGCCCGAAGAUCCCGCCUACGCACCUUUCGUCAAAGCCCCCUUCAUCCGGCCGCCACCCUCCACCUACCUGGAUGAAUCUGUGCUCUCAAUGCCCAAGAGGAGAUCCGUCGAUGAGGCCGCUCCCAGGAAAUAUGUCUACUGGAAUCACAAGAAAAAGAAAGACCUCGCUCAAGAAAAGGAGCAGCAGGUGGUGAACGUGGCCCCUGAGCAGAAGAUCAGACAUCGCUGUGACAAAUGUCUUUCCUCCUUCAGCAGCUUAGAGGAAUUACAGAAACACCGAGCCCUUAACACCUGCUCUGCACUGUUUGGCUUCGAUUCGGAUGAUGAAAGUUAGUGCGUUUAGAGGAGCUGCCACUGGAAUGACCACCUGAUAAAGGAACACUGGAGCUCUUUCUCAAUCCUCAGUUACAAUACUUAUAUGGUAUGUGUGCCAAAUGUCUGAUUGGUUCUUAAAUAACAGAAGUUUUGAAGCAAUAAUUUUGAUACCAAGAACUACUAUAGUUUUGAACACGUUUUUUUUUCCUGAAAACAUCAUCAUUGUGCGCUCUGUCAAGUCGGUAAAAGAACAACCCUGUAACAAAUAGAGGUUAAUAUUUAUCAGCAAAUCUACAAGUAAUUCUGAGAGAAUAAAUAUGGCCCGAAAUAACUUCCCUGGCAUAUAAGAAAACAAAACAAUUGUGUUCUGUGUACAAAUGGUUACAUAUAGCCAGCUACGUUACGCAUCAAUUAUCCAUUUCCAUUAAAAAUUUUAGUCUUUUUUUUUAGUCUUUUGUCAUAAAUUAUGCUCUACUUCUCCUUCAGUUAUACACUCUCCUAUGUCUCCUUGCAUUCAUUCAGCAAAUAAGCCACACAACGCUUUCUUAGGUAUCAUUUGUAUCAUACACUAAGCAGAGGAAAUACAAUUCAGUGGAGAGACUUAAAAACAGUAGAGGACUUCUCUAGAUCAUUUGCUUCAUGUAAUGAUGCAUAUUAUUAUUGUAUUUGUAUUCAUUGGAUACAAACUGACAUCUAUUUAAAACCUAGUUUCUGUCACAGACAGUAACAAUUUCUUAUUUUAGUUGAAUAUUCUAUUCUAUUCUAAAUUGGGUCCACAUUGAGGCUCUAACUUUGAGUAAGUUCUUGUCCUGCCCCACUAGUUAAACUUCUUGGUGGCAGAGUUUUCCCAUAAAUGUCCCCCUUCGCUGCGGUGCUUGAAAAACAAGGACUUCCUGUUCUUGGAGAAUUUUUACAUGCAGUGUGUGAUUGGCAGAUUGUACUGCAGUAGUCUUCCAAAUGAAUGAUGCACCACACAGAGCUGUGGGCUUGUAGAGAGGUUGUAUAAAACAGGCUUAUUAUUAGAUAUGCAGCAGUGUAACAUUGGAUAUCAGGGUGUGUGUGCCGUCAACAUUUCUAUGCUGUUAAAAUGUAUUCAAACUCAAAAGGAGGUGUCCUUAGCAUGAUUUGCUGCUGUUCCUGUAGGCAGGAUUGUGUUUUCCUUUGUUUACCUGUCUUCUGGUCACGGUAUGACAACAAUCAUGUACUCAUUAGCUCCGUGACCAACACGUCUGGAACCAUGUAAAUCUCCCUUCGUACUGUCAAACUAAUUGUCUGUACAGUAAAUGAAGUAUUUACCAUUUUAUUAGUGCCAAGACUGAGUCAGUGUUCAGGCUGUAGGAAGAUACACUAAGAUCAGUGACACAGUACCAGUUUUUCCAUUUUUAAGUCAGCCAGUUUAACGCAAUGAUUGUAUAUUUCAUGAUGUAGAAUAUUUCACAUUGGUCGUUGUGUAUGAACUUUUCAAAUGUUUGAUCUGUUUAAUAACUUUUUAAUGUAACGUUUUUAUGGGACUGUGUACUUAAACUGCUUAUUUAUAUGUACAAAUGUCAAUAGAUUGGAUUUGUAAAGGCAAUGAUGAUUCCUCGUCUAUUUUUCUUAAAGAAAAAGUGCUAAAAUUUGUUUGAAUAAACAAAUGAUGAAAGUAAA